CGAAUGCGGCUCUCUCAAGUAUUCCCUGGGCCUUUAUCCGAGUGAUCAUGCUGAUGAGGUGGAAGCAUUUGCGGGGAAAGUACAAUGCGACAAUCUGGGGUCCAGGUCGACCGUCAAACCACAAAUCUAUACACUCGCCCGAUAUCGUCCGAUUCUCGCCCCACUCGUCAUUAUGCGAUCCGAACUUAAGGAAUACGCGAACCGGAGGGAUACGACCGGACCCUACGCGGACAACCUUGAAGUCGAUGCCCUAGUUGUAGGUGGGGGUUUUAGUGGAGUUUUCAUGUUGUAUGAGUUACGGAAACGCGGACUCAAGACGGUCAUAUACGAGGCUGGCAAAGAUCUCGGAGGCACGUGGCGUUGGAAUUGCUACCCUGGAGCUGCUGUUGACUCCGAAGUUCCGGAGUACCAGUAUUCGAUCCCGGAGACCUACAAGGAUUGGACGUGGAGCACGAACUACCCAAGCUACAAGGAGUUGCGGGCCUACUUCGACCAUGUCGCAAAAGUCCUCGACAUCAAGAAGGACUGCGCAUUUGAGAGCGUGGUCGUGGGGGCCGAAUUCAAUCUGGACGAGGCCCGUUGGCAUGUAAAAACUGCCGACGGCAGAACUGCUAAGGCGAAAUAUCUGGUUAUCGGGGCUGGUUUCUCCGCGAAGCGAUACAUCCCCGAAUAUGAAGGCAUGGAUAAGUUCAAAGGCGUUAUCCACCAUUCAUCAUUCUGGCCCGAAGAGGGUGUAGAUGUCCGUGGAAAACGCUGCGGCAUCAUCGGUACAGGCGCCUCUGGCGUCCAGGUCACGCAAGCAUGGGGACCUGUUGCCGGUUCGCUCAAGGUGUAUCAGCGAACUCCCAAUCUCGCUGUCCCUUUGCGUCGGAGGAACCUUACAGUGGAAGAACAAGAGCACUGCAAGCAGCAUUACCCGCAACUCUUUGAGCUACGGGAGAAAUGCUUUGCAGGAUUUACAUACCACUUUUGCGAGCGGAAUACUUUCGAAGACACCGAAGAAGAGAGACAAGCUUUCCUCGAAAAGAUAUGGGAAGACGGUGGAUUCCAUUUCUGGUUGGCUAACUACAAGGACUACUUAUUUGACCUCAAAGCCAACAGAGAAAUAUACAACUUCUGGGCCAAGAAGACACGAGCCAGAAUUGCAGACCCUAAGAAGCGCGAACUCCUCGCUCCCGAGGAGCCACCACACGCAUUCGGAAUCAAGCGCCCGUGUUUAGAAGAGAGCUAUUUCGAACAGUUCAAUCGCCCAAACGUGGAUGUCGUCGACGUCAAAAACAAUCCGAUCAAGAGGUUUACUGAAACUGGCAUUGAACUGGCCGAUGGCACCGUGCACGAAUUAGACGUUGUCUGUGUUGCCACGGGCUUUGAUAUCACCACUGGCAGCAUGACCCAGAUGGGUCUCCGCAGUAUCAACAACACAAACCUUGAGGACGAAUGGAAAUCUGGCGCCUAUACCUACCUAGGAACGACCGUGAGCGGCUAUCCGAACAUGUUCCACCUGUACGGAGCUCAGGGUCCGACUCUCUUCAGUAACGGUCCGACGAGCGUUGAAGUCCAAGGUCGCUGGAUUGUCGAUGCCAUCCGUCUAAUGGAGCGUCAAGGCAUCAAGUAUAUAAACCCAACGCCCGAAUCCGCCAAGGAAUGGAAGAAGCACAUCAACCACCUUUCUGACAUCACUCUUUUCCCAACCACCCGUUCUACAUUCAUGGGUGGCAGUGUCCCCGGGAAACCGUUCGAGCAGGUCAACUAUGCCGGUGGCAUGAUGCCGUACCUGACAGAGAUCAGAGAAGUACUUCCUAGUUUCAAGGGCUUUGAUAUUGUUAAGGCGUAAUGUUCUUUACCUUUUUUCUUGUUCUUUUAGGUUGGUCUAAUC